UAGAGAAUAUCGAGUUAAUGGUACUGACACGAAAGCAGGGCAAGACUGUUCUUGGAUUAGCGCCGUAAACAUAUACAAGCAUUAUUCAUAUUUUACACUGAACGUAACCUCCAUAAUUAAAGCAGAAGAUCUUGUUAAUUUAACAGACAGGAGAUGAACCACCUAAACAGAACAUGGUUAGACUAGAAGACCAGAUGAAUAACGAAAAUUUGGAAAUGCUGCAGCACAUAUUCGAGGAAGCAGAUGAAGAUGGCGGAGGAGGACUGGAUAUGGACGAGUUCCGUCAGGCAAUGAUCAAAACCAUGGCUGGUAAAGGUGAACCUGAUAAUAAUCAACUUGCCAUCAUAUUUAUGAAAGUUGACGCGAAUUGCGAUGGAACGGUAGACUGGGAGGAGUUCUGUUCCUACAUGUUGCUGGAGACUCAACUAAAGGAUGUUAUGACAAGUGAAGACAGGGAGGUGAGAUGAUCCCGGUUAAUUGACGAAUCAGUAGUUCCCCCACUUGACUUAGCUUCUGCAAGUGACUAUCUCAGACGCAAAACCAAAUUAAAGCGGUGGCAUUUUUAAAGAAUAGAUCGGCAGACGAAUUUUGCGCCCUUAUUGUUUUAACAAACUAUAUGAAGGCAGCCAAAUUAUUCAGAGCAUUGUUGUUGUUUUUUUCCGCUUUCCUCGCCGAGUUGUACAAAUGUUACAAGUGUUUCACCAGGCCCGGGCUUAAACUCUUUGAGCUUCUUGUUUUUAUUGAAUGCAUCGAGAGUUUUUCCUCCGAUUAAAAUUAGGAGAGUUAUGUCUCAGACAACUAAUUAACUAGGUAAUCUGUCACUUUUAUUCCUACAGAUGGAAUUUCCGCAUCCAGCUAAGGAAAUCCCUAGGUACUUAUUAUAACAUAUGAGUAAAAAAUAAGGCACCUCUCCUUCGCUUCAAAAAUAUAGACUCCGGACUAAGCCUUGGUGCUAGACGGUUUUUAUGCGCGGUCUCCUGUUUCGGUCAACUUUGCCACUUGUG